AUGGCCAGCAUCGUCGCAGGAGGCCUUGAGCGUGCCCAGGAGGCCGUCAAGAGCGCUUCCAACAAGAACAAGAAGGCCGUGGACCUGGAGCGCGACACCGUCGACGUCACCACCGAGCAACGCCAGACCACCGAUCACGGGGUGCCCAUCAGCAACACUGACAAUUGGCUAAAGGCAGUGGACGGUGACCGCACUGGUCCCUCUUUGCUUGAAGACCAGAUUGCUCGGGAGAAGAUUCACCGGUUCGACCAUGAGCGCAUCCCCGAACGGGUGGUCCAUGCUCGUGGCACUGGCGCCUUUGGAAACUUCAAGCUCCUUGAGAGCUGCGAAGAUGUUUCCUAUGCGAACAUCCUGAAUGACACCUCCCGCAACACCCCGGUCUUCGUCCGCUUCUCCACCGUCCAGGGCAGCAGAGGCAGCGCCGAUACUGUCCGUGAUGUCCGGGGAUUCGCCGUCAAGUUCUACACUGAUGAGGGCAACUGGGAUAUCGUCGGCAACAACAUCCCCGUCUUUUUCAUUCAAGAGUCCAUCAAGUUCCCUGAUUUCGUGCACGCGGUCAAACCCGAACCCCACAACGAAGUACCCCAGGCGCAAACCGCACACAACAACUUCUGGGACUUCUGUUACCUCCACCCCGAAGCCACCCACAUGUUCAUGUGGGCCAUGUCCGAUCGAGCAAUCCCCAGGUCGUACCGAAUGAUGCAGGGCUUCGGAGUGAACACCUACUCCCUCAUCAACAAGGAGGGCAAGCGUCACUUCGUCAAAUUCAUCUGGACACCACAUUUGGGGGUUCACUCGUUCGUCUGGGACGAAGCCCUCAAGCUGGCUGGCCAGGACCCGGACUUCCACCGCAAGGAUCUGAUGGAAGCCAUCGACAACGGGGCCUACCCCAAGUGGGACCUGCAGAUCCAGACCAUUCCCGAGGAGAAGCAGGACGACUUCGAAUUCGACAUUCUCGACGCCACCAAGAUCUGGCCCGAAGACCUCGUCCCGCCCCGCACCAUCGGGGUCCUCGAGCUCAACCGCAACAUCGACGAAUUCUUCCCACAGACCGAACAAGUCGCCUUCUGCACCAGCCACAUUGUGCCCGGCAUCGACUUCUCCGAUGACCCGCUCCUGCAGGGCCGCAAUUUCUCCUACUUCGACACGCAGAUCAGCCGCCUCGGCAUCAACUGGGAGGAGCUCCCGAUCAACCGGCCUGUGUGUCCGGUGCUCAAUCACAACCGCGACGGCGCCAUGAAGCACCGUAUCACCAAGGGCACCGUCAACUACUGGCCCAACCGAUUUGAGGCGGGCAAGCCCGACGGCGCCGCCCCCCAUCACGGGCAAGGGUUCGAAUCGUAUCCCGCGCCGGUCACGGGCCGCAAGCGCCGCGGCCUGAGCCCAAAGUUCCGCGAGCACCACAACCAGGCCCAGCUCUUCUACAACUCGAUGAGCGAGCACGAGAAGCUGCACAUGAUGAAGGCGUUCAGCUUCGAGCUCGACCACUGCGACGACCCCGUCGUCUACGACCGCCUGGCCGGCACGCGCCUGGCCGAGAUCGACCUGGGGCUGGCUCAGCAGGUCGCCGAGCUCGUUGGCGCCCCGAUCCCCGAGAAGGCGCUGCGCCCUAACCACGGCAAGCGCACCAUCCGCCUCUCGCAGACCGAAUUCCCGCCCAAGGAGCCCACCAUCGCCAGCCGCCGCAUCGCCAUCCUGAUCGGCGACGGCUACGACCCCGUCGCCUUCAAGGGCGUGCAGACCGCCGUCAAGGCCGCCAGCGCCCUCCCCUUCGUCAUCGGCACCAAGCGCUCCCCGAUCUUUGCCGAUGGCGAGUCCAAGGAGACCUCCAAGGGCAUUGUGGCCGACCACUACUACGAUGGGAUGCGGUCCACCAUGUUCGAUGCCACCUUCAUCCCGGGCGGGCCCCACGUCGAGACCCUGCGCAAGAACGGCCAGAUCAAGUACUGGAUCGCCGAGACCUUCGGGCAUCUCAAGGCCCUGGCCGGUACGGGCGAGGCCGCCCAGCUGAUCAAGGAGGUCAUCGGCAGCGUGCUCGACGUGGAGGUCGCCACCGCCGACAAGCCCGACCCCGUGGAGUGGUACGGUGUCGUCACGGCGGGUAGUCCCCAGAAGCCCGAGAGCAUUAGUGAGACGAUCAAGAUCCUCAAGGACGCGAAGGACUUUGUUGGCAAGUUCUUCUACCAGGUCAGCCAGCACCGGAACUACCAACGCGAGUUGGAUGGGCUGGCCUCGACGGUGGCGUUUUAG